CACCACCACACCCAGCUAAUUUUUGUAUUUUUAGUAGAGACGGGGUUUCACCAUGUUUACCAGGCUGGUCUCAAACUCCUGACCUUGGGUGAGCCCCUGCCUCUGGCCUUUAUAAACUUUUUGACUCUUGUAAUAACACUUAGCCUAAAAUGCAAACGUACAGCCGUAGAAAAAUAUUUUCUUUCUUUAUACCCUUAUUCUAGAAGCUUUUUUUCUAUUAAUUUUUUUUUUUUGUUUUAUUUUACUAUUUACUUUUAAACUUUUUCGUUAAAAACCAUGGCACAAACACACACAUUAUGCUAGGCCUACAAAAGGUCAGGAUCCUCAAUCUCACUGACUUCCACCCCCACUUCUCAUCCCACCAUUGUAUCUGCUGUCUGUACCUGACCAAAACAUCAUCAUGUAGCACAUGACUAGUGUGACAAGUGCUGUUAGAUGUAAGGCCAUGAUGCUAAAGCAUCACAGGAGGGCAUCUAACCCAGAUUGGGGAUGUCAUGGAAGGCCGACAUCCUGAGUUGAAUCCUACAAAUGUAAAAACCAAUAGGUAAAGAAGAGGAACAAAAAGUAUUCCAAGACAAACUGAGGUCACAUCUAUGAUCCUUGUCUUUAUCGUGUCUGUUUAAAGUAUCUACAGUAACCUGCAUCAACUUAGUCAAUGUAUUAAUACUAAAUUUAGCUCCUUCAAAGCAGUCUGAACUAUGUGCUACAUAAAUUUCAGCUUCACCCAGGGAAGGGAAGGAGUGAAAUUAGUGAAUAGACAGUUACAGCAAAAGACAGAAACAAAAAACAAAAAUUGAAUAGCUGGUUCUAGUGAAUGAGCAAGGACUUUGGAGUCAAACUGGCCUGGAUUUGAAUCCUGAUCCUAUUGCUUGUAGCUGUAUGAUCUGGACAAAUGACCUUGUUUCUAACCUUGAUUUUCUCAUCUGUAAGAUGCCAAUUGUAACUCCUAAGGAUACUGAGGAUUUUUUAAAAUGGGCUUACAGUUCCUGACCAGUGGUUUGUGCCUAAUAAAUAACUUAUUACAAAUUGUUACCCAGUAAAAACCCUGAGACAAGAGUGAAAAAAUAAAGCUAAUUAAUCCAUUACUUGCUAACAAGCAAACUACAUGCUUGAGAAAAGUACUCAACUUUUAUGUUUUACUUCCAGACAGUAGUUUGAUUAAAACAAACAAAAAAAAUCACAGUCCAGGCAUGUGGCUCACAGCUCACACCCUGGCACUGGGAGGCCAAGGCGGGAGCACAGCUUGAACCCAGGAGUUUGAAACCAGCCUGGGCAACAUAGAUCCUAUCUCUACAAAAAAAAAUUGGCCCCGUGUGGUGGUGCAUGCCUGUGGUCCCAGCUACUCAGGAUGCUGAGGCGAGAAGAUCGCUUGAGCCCAGGAGGUUGAGGCUGCUGUGAGCGGUGAUCAUGCCACUGCACUCCAGCCUGGACAACACAGCAAGACCCUGUCUCCAAAAAAAAAAAAAAAAAUUCAGUAAAAAAAAUGCCGAAAUAGCUUCAGAGUAAUUAUGAACUGCUUCCCAAAAACCACUGUUUUGCACUUACCUGCAAGAAUAGGAAAAACAAAGGGACUGUAAGGUGGCAGAAUGGCAGAACUAAACAAGAGUAGUACACCUUGGAGUUUUUUUUGAAAUAUGGGUUGAAUUUUUGUGCUCUUGGUUGAUUUAAAAUAAAAUUUAAAUGCCUUCAGCAUCUGUGAUAGGUGCCAACAUGAAGCUGCCGAGUUCCAGAGAAAGGGGGGACAGCUGAUCACUAAUCAGUGCUGCCAGACUAUCAAAGGGCCCUUCAGGAGCUAUCUGUUCUUUGUGUGUAAAGAGAGAACACCAGUGUACCCACCGUCUAGUUUAAAAAUCAGGACUCAGCCUACUCUUUCCACUAACCGCGAUCAUGGUUUUCAAACGGAGGACCAACGGCGCUUUGCCACUGGGCCACCACCUGGGCCCUGCAGAGGGCCUACCAGACAAUGAAUCAGCUCCCUUGGAGAGGCGCCUGCGACCGCCCCACCACCCCGAGAGCCAAAAUUGAACCUGGGGGACCUCUGCGGCGCCCUAUCACGUGCCGUGGGCGCGCCACGCCUCCCCGAGGGCAGGGGGAGUCACGUGGGCGCGCGGCCCCGCCCCAUCGCCCUGUCCGCGGCGAGGUGGGGCCUGGUGUUUGCCCCGGAAGUGGAUGUCUUCCUCUGACAGCUGCUGAUAAGGUGGCGGCGGCGAAGGCAGCGGCAGGCCGGGAGCAAGAUGGCGCUGCGGCCAGGAGCUGGGUCUGGCGGCGGCGGGGCCGCGGGAGCCGGCGCGGGGGCCGCCGGGGGAGGCAGCUUCAUGUUUCCUGUUGCAGGUGGGAUAAGACCCCCUCAAGCAGGCCUGAUGCCGAUGCAGCAACAAGGAUUUCCUAUGGUCUCUGUCAUGCCGCCUAAUAUGCAAGGCAUUAUGGGAAUGAAUUACAGCUCUCAGAUGUCCCAAGGACCUAUUGCUAUGCAGGCAGGAAUACCAAUGGGACCAAUGCCAGCAGCGGGAAUGCCUUACCUAGGACAAGCACCCUUCCUGGGCAUGCGUCCUCCAGGCCCACAGUACACUCCAGACAUGCAGAAGCAGUUUGCCGAAGAGCAGCAGAAACGAUUUGAACAGCAGCAAAAACUCUUAGAAGAAGAAAGAAAAAGACGCCAGUUUGAAGAGCAGAAGCAAAAACUCAGACUUUUGAGUAGUGUGAAACCCAAGACAGGAGAGAAGAGUAGAGAUGAUGCUUUGGAAGCCAUAAAAGGAAAUUUAGAUGGGUUUUCCAGAGAUGCAAAAAUGCACCCUACUCCAGCAUCGCACCCCAAGAAACCAGAUUGCCCCACAUCAUCUCAUUCUACUAAAACUGUCUCCCCAUCACCUGCCUUUCUUGAUGAAGAAGAAUUCAGUGACUUUAUGCAGGGACCUGUUGAAGUUCCCCCAUGUGGGCCUUCUUCCACGUCCCAACCCUUUCAGUCUUUCCACCCCUCUACCCCACUUGUCCAGUUGCAUACACAGAAGGCUGGGACACAGCCUCUCCCUCCAGGUCAGAGUCCAGUGCCUUUUGCCUUACAUGGUGUCCCUGGGCAAAUUCCUUACUUCUCUACUGCUUCAGCCUCACACAGUGUACCAAAAGCAGGCCCUUCCUUGGAGGAGAAGUUCCUAGUAUCUUGUGAUAUAAGUACAUCUGGGCAGGAACAAAUUAAAUUAAAUACUUCUGAAGUUGGCCACAAAGCCCUAGGCCCAGGUUCCAGUAAGAGCCAUCCCAGUGUAACGGCCAGUAACGGGGGUGCUGUAGAUGGAUGUGUAAGUGGUACCACCACUGCAGAGGCAGAAAAGACUUCAGAUCAAAACCUGUCAAUUGAAGAGAGUGGGGUGGGAGUAUUUCCCUCACAGGAUCCUGCUCAGCCCAGAAUGCCUCCUUGGAUUUACAAUGAGAGUUUGGUUCCAGAUGCCUAUAAGAAAAUCUUAGAAACCACAGUGACUCCAACCGGAAUAGAUACUGCCAAACUGUAUCCCAUUCUGAUGUCAUCUGGGCUUCCCAGGGAAACUCUUGGACAGAUAUGGGCCUUAGCUAAUCGAACUACACCUGGCAAACUUACAAAAGAAGAACUUUAUACUGUUCUAGCCAUGAUAGCGGUAACACAGAGGGGCGUUCCUGCAAUGAGUCCUGAUGCUUUAAACCAGUUCCCAGCAGCUCCUAUUCCAACUUUAAGUGGUUUUUCUAUGACUCUGCCUGCACCGGUGAGUCAGCCAACCGUGAUACCUUCAGGCCCUGCGGGCUCCAUGCCCCUCAGCCUUGGACAGCCAGUCAUGGGUAUUAACCUUGUUGGACCAGUGGGUGGAGCUGCAGCCCAGGCUUCUAGUGGUUUCAUACCAACCUUCCCUGCAAAUCAGGUAGUAAAGCCAGAAGAAGACGACUUCCAGGAUUUUCAAGAUGCUUCUAAGUCAGGAUCCCUUGAUGACUCAUUCAGUGAUUUCCAAGAGUUGCCUGCUUCUUCAAAAGCAAGUAACUCCCAGCAUGGAAACAGUGCCCCUUCUUUGUUGAUGCCACUUCCCGGAACUAAAGCAUUGCCUUCAAUGGACAAAUAUGCUGUGUUUAAAGGAAUUGCAGCUGACAAGUCCUCUGAAAAUACUGUUCCACCUGGAGAUCCUGGUGAUAAAUAUAGUGCUUUCAGAGAACUCGAACAGACAGCAGAGAAUAAACCUUUAGGAGAAAGCUUUGCAGAAUUCAGAUCUGCAGGAACUGAUGAUGGUUUCACCGAUUUUAAAACAGCCGAUAGUGUAUCACCACUAGAGCCACCGACAAAAGACAAAACUUUUCCGCCAUCCUUCCCCUCAGGAACUAUACAACAGAAACAACAAACACAAGUGAAAAAUCCUCUGAACUUAGCAGACCUAGAUAUGUUUUCCUCAGUUAAUUGCAGCAGCGAGAAACCAUUGUCUUUUUCAGCUGCAUUUAGCACAUCAAAAUCAGUUUCCACACCACAGUCAACAGGUUCUGCUGCUGCUACGACAGCAUUGGCAUCAACGAAAACUUCUAGUUUGGCUGAUGAGUUUGGAGAAUUCAACCUUUUUGGGGAAUAUUCUGGUCUACCACCUGUUGGGGAGCAGGAUGACUUUGCAGAUUUUAUGGCUUUCAGUAAUAGCUCUAUUUCAUCUGAGCAAAAGCCAGAUGACAAAUAUGAUGCCCUUAAAGAGGAAGCCAGUCCUGUUCCUCUAACCAGCAACAUGGGCAGCACAGUGAAGGGUGCACAAAACCUAACUGCUGUGUCUACCAAGUAUGAUGUCUUCAGACAACUUUCUCUGGAAGGAUCUGGACUAGGUGUUGAAGACCUAAAAGAUAACACUCCUUCAGGAAAAAGUGAUGAUGAUUUUGCUGACUUCCACUCCAGUAAAUUUUCUUCCAUAAACUCGGACAAAGCCCUGGGAGAGAAAGCAGUGGCUUUCAGACACACCAAAGAAGACUCUGCAUCAGUGAAGUCCUUGGAUCUCCCUUCCAUUGGUGGCAGCAGUGUCGGCAAGGAGGACUCUGAAGAUGCACUCUCUGUUCAGUUUGACAUGAAAUUGGCUGAUGUGGGAGGAGAUCUUAAGCAUGUCAUGUCUGAUAGCUCUUUGGAUUUACCAACAGUUAGUGGCCAGCAUCCUCCUGCUGCAGAUAUAGAGGACUUAAAAUAUGCUGCUUUUGGAAGCUACAGUAGCAAUUUUGCAGUGAGCACACUUACAAGCUGUGACUGGUCAGACAGGGAUGAUGCAACUCAGGGCAGAAAACUCUCUCCAUUUGUCCUCUCAGCAGGAAGUGGAUCCCCCUCAGCCACCUCAAUUCUUCAAAAGAAAGAGACUUCAUUUGGCAGUUCUGAAAACAUCACCAUGACAUCUCUCUCCAAAGUAACAACCUUUGCAAGUGAAGAUGCUCUUCCAGAGACCACCUUCCCAGCGUUUGCCAGUUUUAAAGACAUGAUUCCUCAGACCAGUGAGCAAAAGGAAUAUGAAAGCAGAGACUAUAAAGAUUUCACAAGACAGGACCUGCCUACAGCUGAACGGAGCCCAGAGGCCACUUGUCCCAGCCCAGCGUCCAGCGGCGCCUCUCAAGAAACCCCCAACGAAUGUUCGGAUGACUUUGGAGAGUUUCAAAGUGAAAAGCCCAAAAUCAGCAAAUUUGACUUCUUAGUAGCCACUUCACAAAGCAAAAUGAAAUCCAGUGAAGAAAUGAUCAAAAGUGAGCUGGCAACCUUUGACCUUUCUGUUCAAGGAUCACACAAGAGGAGUUUGAGCCUCGGUGAUAAAGAAAUAAGCCGUUCUUCCCCUUCUCCGGCUUUGGAGCAGCCUUUCAGAGACCGUUCCAAUACUCUGAAUGAGAAGCCCGCACUGCCCGUCAUUCGAGACAAGUACAAAGACCUGACGGGAGAGGUGGAGGAAAAUGAGAGAUAUGCAUAUGAAUGGCAGAGAUGCCUGGGGAGUGCCCUGAAUGUCAUUAAGAAGGCAAAUGAUACCUUAAAUGGAAUCAGUAGUAGUUCUGUUUGCACAGAAGUAAUUCAGUCAGCUCAAGGCAUGGAAUAUUUAUUAGGUGUUGUUGAAGUGUACAGGGUAACCAAGCGUGUGGAGCUGGGGAUCAAAGCCACUGCAGUGUGCAGUGAGAAACUCCAGCAGUUGCUGAAAGACAUCGAUAAAGUAUGGAAUAACCUAAUCGGCUUCAUGUCCCUCGCCACACUCACAGGCAUGAGGCAUCCCUCCUCACUCCGUUCAGUCAUGCUCAUUAGACAGAACCCACCCGGAAUCAGUGCAGCCAUCCACCUUCUGCCUCACCUGGACCCUCUGUGUGCUGGUGGAGAGAAUCACACCGCCAGUUUGCUGCUUGAAGCUCGCAAGGCUACUGCUAUUUCAGACACAGCCGAUGAUCUCACCUCCUGCAUUAGACCGGAUGAAAACUCGCUGGAUUUUUCCUCCUGUAUGCUGCGGCCUGGGAUUAAAAAUGCUCAGGAGCUUGCCUGUGGAGUGUGCCUCUUGAACGUGGACUCGAGGAGCCGGAAAGAAGAGAAGCCUGCAGAAGAACAUCCUAAAAAAGCAUUCAACUCAGAAACAGACAGUUUCAAGCUGGCCUACGGAGGGCACCAGUAUCACGCCAGCUGUGCCAACUUCUGGAUCAACUGUGUCGAACCAAAGCCGCCUGGCCUUGUCCUGCCUGACCUGCUCUGAACAACUCCUCUGUGAAGCACUGACUCUUUUUUUUUCUGUGACACCCCACGGGGUGACAGGGACCAAUCAGCAGAAUGCGAGCGCUGCACAGUUCACUUCCCUGAAUCCAUAUGAAGAACACCGCAAGCGACGGGGCCCCCGUCACCCCCACGGCCAGUCUGCGGGGCUUCAGGUAAAAUCGUCCCACUCAAGCGGCACCUGGCGCCAGAAGCUUGCUCACUUCUCUCUACUUUUCUUAAGGUUUUCUGAAAUACAGACCACAGCUUUCCGGAUCUAAGGAAGAACUUGCUGCUGCAGUAUUGAAACUGUGAAGAACUGACAUUUGAAGAAAAAUAAACUACUGUUGCGGGACUAGAAUGGGCAGCUGCUUGGAGCCAGUGCUUGUUUUUACCUAGAACACUUACUGUCCUGUGAAGCAGAGUGCAUUUAUUUGCAUUUAGUUUGUUAAUGUCUGAAAUGAAUAAAAGGAGGAAAUUGCAAUUAAACUGAUGUUCUGCUUUUUAUGGAGAAGAUUCUGCCCGUCUGCCCUGGACAGUAGCAGGCAGGUGAGGGCAGAUUUUACCCACUUGGCUGUCACAACUGAACCAGUUCUCUACUCCUUCUCUUCAUUGCUGUCAGCGCUCGAGACUUUUUCCCAAAACAUGCCUGCAGUCCUGAAGAAUGCCCAUUUUCACAGAGGCCCAAAUCCUGUGUACCAGGAUAAUAUCCUUCCCUGCAGGAGCCUUCACUGCAAACCUGUUUUGCCGCAUGCAAAGACUGUGACCAUGGAGUUUUCUCAGACAAGAUUUGUAAAGGCAGUGGAAUGAAAUCUCUUUGCAGUGGCCUCUCUCCAGAUUUCCAAAGAUGACUACAUAGGGACCAACACUGCCUGACUUUGCAGUAUCUGUGAGAAAAACCUGAAAAUUAAUUCAGGGUGAAAAUGUGGAGUUCUUGGCCUAGUGUAAAGUAUCAAGAUGUAUAUUUAUGGGAUAGAUACAUGACUUAGAAGAAAAUUGUCCAGAAAUAGUACUGAAUUUUAGAUGGAAAAGACUCGUGCUUCCUGGAGUAGGGAAUUUUCUUUGCCAUUUAAUCUGAAUGCAUAAAAUUAGGGGGGAAAACUCAAGUGGCUAAGAGCUGUUAUUCCUGGGAAGAACGUACCAAUCUAGGGCACACAUCUCUCUGAAUUGUUGAUUAUGCGCUUUAUGAAGAGAUUUUUCAAUCUCAUGUGCUUUACUUUGUGCGGUUUAGGCCCUCUGACCUAGACUUUUAUUUUUAAACCGAAAAAGUUGGUCUUGUCUAUAGUUGCUGCUUUUACAUAAUUUAUUUUCCCUUCUCAGAACAAAUUCUAUCUUGGUCCGUCUUACAGCUUUUCCAUGUUCUCCAAGAAAGGUGUGGAACAUUUUCAUUAAACAGCUGUUGCUGAGGCUCCUGCGUGACCUUCUGCACGCCCGAAUGCGGAGAGAGGCACCGAGGAGAGAAAGGCUCUUGUCACUCGCUCCGGAUGAUACCGUCUCUGGCCGUUCCUGACGGAGACAGCUCACUCUGAAUUGGUACCUUUGGAGCUUUUGCCCACCACAAGGCUAAUGGGGUGUUUCUAACAACACAGGUGGGACAGCUUGUGGCAGGCUUUUCCUGAGGCCUUGGAGCUUUCAUCCUGGGCAGCACCAGGGCCACAUGGAGCUGGAAUGCAAGCAGGCUUCUAAUUGGUCUUAAAAAUUUCUUUUUUUUUUUUUUUUUUUGAGAUGGAGUUUCACUCUUGUUACCCAGGCUUGAGUGCAAUGGCGCAGUCUCAGCUCACUGCAACCUCUGCCUCCCGAGGUCAAGCGAUUCUCCUGCCUCAUCCCCACGAGUAGCUGGGAUUACAGACAUGCGCCACCACGCCUGGCUAAUUUUGUAUUUUUAGUAGAGACGGGGUUUCUCCAUGUUGGUCAUACUCGAACUCCCAACCUCAGGUGAUCCGCCUGCCUCGGCCUCCCAAAGUACUGGGAUUACAUGCAUGAGCCACCGCGCCUGGCCUAAAUUUCAUAACAGAACCAUGACAGCAGAAUCUGCCUUUGCAAUAAGAAUGUUUCCCAGGAGUUAGAGACCAGCCCUGGGCAAGAUGGCAAGACCCCAGCUAAUUAUACAAAAAAUAAUUAGCCAGGCAUGGUGGAGUGCAUCUGCGGACAUUUGUGGUCCCAGCUACUAGGGAGGCUGAGGCAGGAGGAUCACAUGAAUCCAGGAGUCUGACAGUGACUGUUAAAAAUUUAUUUCUUUUUUACAACAGCCUAGGUGAUGAGAGAGACUGUGUUUCUUAAAAAAAAAAAAAUAGUAAGUUUCCCAAUUUGAAAUGUUACUGAAACAUUUUUUUUGAAAUGCUGUGUAGAUGCCUAUCACGUCACAGUGGCCCAGUAUCGACAUUUUAAAAAGUAAGCUUGUUAGCUGGGCUGGUUUCUAUUCCUGAGAAAUUCCAGAAUGCCUCAGAUACAAUUCCUUAGUAUAAUUCCCACUUUCCUUACCAAAAGCGAUAGGCUUAGUCACUCCGUGGGAGGUGCCACAGGAAAAUUCAGCAGACGUCAACAGAAAAAAAGCCUUUGCUCUGAAAAGUAUUCACUACCUUUCAUAUCUCUUGAAUACUUGAAAUGUUUAAUUAGAUGCCACCAAUAGGGAUCCAAGGAGUGUGGGACACCGUUGCGUUGCUUUUCUUUAUAAACAUUUAUUAUAAUGACUCAACACUGCAUUCAGCUUCACCUCAGCUCUUCCUGUUAGCCAGGAGCCCCGUGUCCUUGGAAACCGUAACCAAGGUUACUUAUUUCCAUACUGUGUAUUGUCAGCCCGCUUCACCCCACUGCUUGAAUGGCGAUUAAUAGCACUUUUCUUUUUUUGGUGGGAUGUUUUGCCUUUGAAAUUUUUAUGGCUUAGUGUGUAAUUUCAUUUUUGUCUGGACAUGCUUGAGAUAGAAGAGGUACUGGCUGUAUUAGGAUAUUUUCCAUGCUUUAUUUUUCCUGUGGCUACUAGUUAGCAUUUCAUAGGGGUUGUGAAUUUUUAAUUAUUUGAAUAUUUUGUGUACAUACACAUAUUUGAAGGAUUUUGGGGGGUCUUAUUUGUUUAAAGGUGUCUUCUGUUUGCCUGUUUAAUGUGUACUUCAGCUUUGCAAAGAUUAUAGGGCUGUAUGUUACAGAAAUAGGAGAUGCUGGCCCUGUACUGGGGACCACUACAAAAAUUCCCCUGAACACCUUCGAGGUCAAAUGCCUGCCUUUGUGAACAGUUCAUAAACUGACAUUUUCAGACAUCUGCCAUUCAGAAGGGAGCACUGUAGCCUGCUGUAGACCAUUCCAGCAAAUGUCAGAAUGCAGGGCAAGAUGUGUGUCGACUGUGUUUUUUAAGUUUAACUUACUUAUUUCUUCAGGUGAGUGUGCACCAAAUAACAAUACUGAAAGGCCCGCCCCUUGCAAGGCCGAGGAAAUAAAGCUUAAGUGAAACAGCUCUUGGGGGGAAAAAUGCCACUUUACAAAUACUUUUCUAACAAAAUAGCACUAUAAUGAAGUUUUUACUUAAUUCCAUUAUUUAUAUGUUGAUGUGAAUAUAAGUGGUUAAAAAAGUAUUCUUGUGGGACAUCUCAUUACUUUGUGGCUGUGGCGUUAUUAACCAGUGAAUGCUGUGGUCUGUAGCGAAAUGCGUUGUCUUCUGUGUGAUGUGGAAUUCGGGCCUGUAUUUUAAAAGAUGGUGUGGUUUUUCCCUUGUUUGUAUUUUAAUAAACAACUGCUCUAAUUGAUAUGUUUAGAUAUUAUAAAGCUUUACCUUUAAAAUA